UUUCACUUAAAAACUUUUUGAGUUGUCCAAUAAAAAAUUAUGGAUAUGUGCGAGAUGAGAUUCCCCCUUAGUUGAUAUGGAAGGAAAUCCAGUCCUUACAUAAACCCCUUCAACAGUACCAAUAAGGAGUACCCAAAACCCAAUUCAUUUGCUCCAUCUCUCUCUCCAUUGUUUUCUAGUGGAGAAGAGAAGAGAAGAGAAGAGAAGAGAAGAGAAAUGGCAAUGGCUAUAGUAGGAGAUGAUAAUUAUAAUAAUACUAAUACUAGUAAUGGUAAGUCUCAUCAUCCUCAUGCAGUUUGCAUACCAUUCCCAGCUCAAAGCCACAUGAAAGGAAUGCUGAAGAUAGCAAAGCUCCUUCACCACAAGGGCUUUUACAUAACCUUUGUCAACACAGAGUUCAACCAAAAGCGCUUAAUCAAAGCCAGAGGACUCGAUUCUCUCUGCGGCUUCCCAAACUUCCAAUUCAAAACAAUCCCUGAUGGGCUUCCACCAUCGGACAUCGACGCCACCCAAGACGUGGCUUCUCUGUGUGGAUCUGUUAGAAGGAACUUCUUGAAACCAUUUCGAAAGCUCAUCGAGGACCUCAAUCAAGUCGAUACCGCACCACCGGUGAGUUGCAUUGUGUCCGAUGGUGUAAUGCCAUUCAGUGUUAGAGUAGGCGAUGAGCUUGGAAUCCCAGUUGCCGUGUUCUGGACUUUUGCUGCUUGUGGCUUCAUGGGAUUUUAUCAGUAUCGAGCUCUCUUGGACAAAGGUCUUACGCCACUCCAAGAUGCAAGUUAUCUAACAAACGGGUAUUUAGACACCAAAAUAGAUUGGAUCGCAGGAAUGAAGGGCAUUAGUCUGAAAGACCUUCCAACAUUUUUCCAAACCACAGACCCAAAUGAUGAUAUAUUCAACUUAGCCAUGGAAUCAGCAGAGACAGCUUCUCAAGCUUCAGCAUUUGGCAUUCACACUUUUGAUGCAUUAGAACAAGAUGUUCUGAAUGCUCUCUCAACCAUAUUUUCCCAUAUUUACACCAUGGGUCCUCUACAGUUACUUCUGAACCACCACAUCCCAAGAGAACAAGACCACUUAGAGUCUCUGGGAUACAAUCUAUGGAAAGAAGAACUGGAGUGUCUCCAAUGGCUUGACUCUAAACAACCUGGUUCAGUUGUUUAUGUGAAUUUCGGGAGUGUAACAGUCAUGUCAAUGCAACACUUAGUUGAGUUUGCAUGGGGACUUGCCAAUUCAAAUCACUACUUUCUUUGGGUAAUUAGGCCUGAUUUGGUGAUUGGGGACAAGGCGGUUUUGUCACCGGAAUUCAAUAAUUACAUUAAGGAAAGGGGAAUGAUUGCAGGGUGGUGCCCGCAAGAGGAAGUUCUAAACCACUCUUCAGUUGGAGGGUUUUUGACUCACUGUGGAUGGAACUCGAAUAUUGAGAGCUUGUCUGCCGGGGUGCCAAUGAUAUGUUGGCCUUUCUUUGGGGAUCAGCAGACUAACUGUAAAUAUAGUUGUGAUGAGUGGGAGGUUGGGAUGGUCAUUGAUAAUGAUGUGAAGAGAGAUGGAGUGGAGAAGAUGGUUAGAGAGUUGAUGGAAGGAGAGAAGGGGAAGAAAAUGAAGAAGAAGGCUAUGGAGUGGAAGAGAUUGGCUGAAAAGGCUAGUGGACCUGAUGGGUCAUCUUCUUUGAAUUUGGACAAACUAGUUAAUGUAUUACUAUCAGGAAAAUGAAGUGAUGUUUUCCAAAAUAAGAUUGUUCUGGUAUUUGGGUUUGGGUCUAAUUAAGUUUGGGAAUUUGCUUUGUGCAGUACAAUUGAUAUUAAUCUUUUUUUUCUUUUUUUUUUAAUAUAUCUCUUUUGAGUGUGUAUUGUAUGUUUAAUUAUAAUUUUUAUAAUCUUGGCUUGUAAUUGUUGGUUCAGACUUAGUUAUGAUUUAU